UUAGUACACACAUGCAUUUAAAUAGCAUCUAAAUCUCGUUUAAAAAAUAUAUAUUUGCUUGAACCAUACCAUGAGGCAUAUUACUCAAAAAUCAUUUUUAAAAGAAAAUAUUCUAGUAUAGUGAACUUUUCCUUAAAAUGAGACAAAAACUUAACAUCAUGCCACGGCUUCGAAGUUUUAGAAAAGCGAGAUUUAAAACUCUCCUUCCCAGUAAUUUUAACUGGAGGUCUUGUCAAAUUUCACAAGAAAUUUCAUGUACGUAACAGUGAGCAUAAGAUGGGCACGUUUUUGUUGCUAUGAGAACCUUCUAUUUUGUAUCAGAAAUCGCAGCCUUGACGACGCAGUGUUUGCGCCGAUUUUACACAUGUUUUUCUACAGCGAUUCCGCUCCUCCAGUAAUAACGGUUUAAUGGCUCUGGUUUCCUCCCGCGCCGGCCCAGUUUUCCGUCCCAGCUCCAGCUCUCGCCCGCCGCGCAGUCCCCGUCUCUGGGAGCCGGCGGCGAGCACUGGACGGGAGAAAACGGGGGGCCAGAGGUGGGGCAAGUCCGGCCUCUCCGCGGGGUGCGGACGGGAAGGAGAGGCGGUGGGAUUGCCGGUUGGUUCUGUCAACCCGGAGCCGAGUUCUGCACCCAUCUCUCCAAUUGCGUUUUAAAAUAUGCAGUAAAAAAAAUCGAGCAACGCCACAUCCUACAAACUGGAGGGGAGGGGGAGAGCAUUGUGUCCCCAAAUGGAUCAUAAACAAGGGAAAGGAGGGGUUCGGAACUUUAUUAUUAAAUACUUCCUCCACGCCAGAAAAACCAGGGCUCAGGCCUCGGUACUGAAGGAAGAGGCUGAAGCCCUGGCCCCGGCUCAGUGGUCGCGGGCUGCGGGUCCGGGCUUCCGGUCUCCUGGGCGCCAAGGGUCAUGGCGGGAAGGGGGAGGGCGCGCGCUCCAAGCUUUCCCUCCCCCACCCACGCCCAGGGUCUUCUUCCUUCGGGAUUCGGAGCCGCCUAUCCUCCAGGGCCGACUAGCCGCAGGGCUGCAGGGGGCCAGGACGCCGCGACCUAGCUUAGCGACAGGGCUCUCCCCGGCGACGGCGCCGCAACAAGAUGGCGGACGACAGAAGCAGGGAAGGCACAGAGACAGCAGUAGCAGAAUUUCACAAAAAAAUCAAAGAAGCUUUUGAAGUAUUUGACCAUGAGUCAAAUAAUACAGUGGAUGUGAGAGAGAUCGGAACAAUUAUCAGGUCAUUAGGAUGCUGCCCUAGUGAAGGAGAGCUACAUGAUCUGAUUGCAGAGGUGGAGGAAGAAGAACCCACUGGAUACAUUCGAUUUGAAAAAUUUCUUCCAGUGAUGACUGAAGUACUACUGGAAAGAAGAUAUAGACCAAUUCCGGAAGAUAUCCUUCUUCGAGCUUUUGAGGUGUUAGAUCCAGCUAAACAUGGGUUUCUUUCUAAGGAAGAAUUGAUCAAGUAUAUGACUGAAGAAGGUGAGCCUUUUUCUCAGGAGGAAAUGGAAGAAAUGUUGUCUGCUGCAAUUGAUCCAGAAUCAAAUUCAGUUCAUUACAAGGACUAUAUAACAAUGAUGGUGAUAGAUGAAAAUUAAACACUCUACAGACUUCAUUUCUAAUUGAAAGAUCAUUUUAAGAAUUGCUUGUCCUUGUUAAUUUCACAUUUUAUUUUAUAAUCCCUACAUAUUGCUAAUGAAUGCCUUGUGACAACU